AACUGUGUUAAAGGAAAAUGUGGCUGUAAGCUGAGCCUGAGCAUUUUUUUUUUUUUUUGGAUACUUCCGAAUGAGCACUUUCAGGUCAGAUCCUGAGAUGAGGGAAGAUGGAGGAAAUGAGGUGUGCUGAUGGCUGGUAUACCCUCACUAAUCUGAUUUGUUCAGUGUGGUUGACUCUCGAGCCGGUGUGGGAAAAUAGUUCUGGAAGACCUGAGGUUCCAUCAUAAAAAUGACCUGGUGGGCAGAGUGGCAUGUCCCGUGCUCCCCAGGUUUUCCACUCAGCCUCACAGUUCUGAUACUUUAGCCUCACUGGCGACUCGGGGUCAUUUCUGCUCAGUCAUGCCUAGGUCUGCAACAACUUACAAUACAUUCCCUUUAACCGAGGUUUCUGUUUCCUCUCUUAGCAUCCGGAACCACAGCAGAAGCACACGGUCCAGUCUGUGGGGCUCUCUUCUCCAGAUCAUGCCUCACAUGGCACUGUGCAAGUUUGCUCCGCUGGUUCUGGUGGGAGUUGUGGUUUUUGCAGCAAGCAGAAUCACGGGAGACCCUCUCUAUGAGUGCCUCCAAGACACUGACUACAGCGAGCUCCUGGACAUCGUGAUGAAAGGUCUCCCUGCGGCCGGGACGCCUCGGCACGUGGCAGUCAUCGGCGGGGGCAUGGCUGGACUGACUGCUGCCAAGGUCUUAGAAGAUGCAGGACAUAAGGUGACCAUAAUAGAAGCCAGUGAGCGUGUCGGAGGACGGGUAGAGACCUUUAGGAACAGAAGAGAAGGCUGGUAUGCUGAAGUGGGAGCCAUGAGGAUCCCAAGCUUCCAUAAGAUUCUGCUUUCCUUUAUCUCCAAAUUAAAAAUUCCUCUGAAUCACUUCAUCCAAGACGACUUCAACACCUACUACUUGGUAAACGGAAGGCUGCACAAAACCUAUGCUGUGGAGAAUAACCCCAGUGUGCUCAACUACAGCCUGGAUGAGAGGGAGAAGGGGAAAUCAGCUGCUGAACUCUUCAGUCAGACACUCUGGAAGGUGAGGGAUGACCUUAAGGCACUUGGCUGCAGUGCCAUGUUGACCAAAUAUGACUCCUAUACAGUGAAGGAAUACUUGGUGAAGGAGGGCAACCUGAGCCGCGGUGCUUUGAGGAUGAUCGGCGACAUCCUCAAUGAAAACAGCCUCUUCUACACGUCCUUGAUAGAGAUGCUGUACAUACAGGCGGACAUCAAUGACAACACAGAGUACUUUGAAGUGACAGACGGUUUUGACCACCUCCCUACAGCUUUCUACCAAGUGCUAAACGCCACCAUCCUGCUGAACUCCAAGGUGAAGCUCGUCGACCAAACAGGCGGGGCCAAUGUGACUGUGACAUACGAGGACAGGCGCGACGCUGGUUCUCUGUCAAACGUGACCGUGGACUACGCGCUCGUCACGGCUACAGCCAAGGCCACCCUCUUCAUUGACUUCCACCCCCCGCUGUCCGGCGAUAAGAUGGAGGCCCUGCGCUCCGUUCAUUAUGCCAGCUCCACAAAGGUGGUGCUCAGCUUCAAGGAACGCUUCUGGGAGCAAGAGGGCAUCAGAGGAGGGAAAAGCAUCACCGACCGGCCCUCCCGCUUCAUCUACUACCCCAGCCACAGUUUCCCAGGCACCACUGCAGGGGCCCUCCUGGCCUCCUACACCUGCUCUGAUGACUCCACGCUCUUCCAGGGGAUGAGUGAGGAGGAUCUGAUGGCUGUAGCUCUGGAAGACUUGGUGAAAAUCCAUGGGGAGUACAUCCGACCGCUGUAUACAGGGGGGCUGGUGAAGAAGUGGGGCCUGGACCCUCACAGUCUGGGAGCCUUUGCCCUGUUCACUCCGUACCAGCAGGGACACUACGCCCGAGAACUGUUCCAGAGGGAUGGACGGGUGCACUUUGCUGGGGAGCACACAGCAUUUCCUCAUGGGUGGAUUGAAACGGCUAUGAAGUCGGCUCUCAGAGCAGCUAAGAACAUCAACAGCUUGACUCUCUAGCUUCAUGCCUGUUAAGGGUUUUCUUUUACAAGCUCGCCUUUUUAAAAUGUGUCCGAUAUCUUGAGCCCCGGUCCGCUCUCCAACCUGAUGUAAUGUCUGUUUUAUUGUGAUCUAGAGAUUGUUGUUGGUCUUAGUAUUAAUGGUUUGACAUUUCUCCACUUGUACAAGCCAAGCAUUUGAUUCAUUCACUCAAAAUCAGUGGUGGUUCCUGCAUGAAUGGAUUUCCUACCAAGCCCCUCCUUCUUUCGCCCUUCAACACCCAUUUCCCUUUCCCAGCUGAAUGUAGUUAAAAAAUAACUCCCAGUCAGUCUAGCUAAAGGAAAAGAAGACAUCUCAGGAUAAUUUCACGUAGAUGCCUCUCCCUAUGUGAUCUGUGGGUGACAGCAUACACACUGUUAUCCUCCUAUUUUAUAACCAACAAGCAGGGGGUGCCUUCUCAAUGCUCAGGCGCCAACUCCCUAUCGGCUGUAUCCAAAAAAGCUAUAAAGAUCUGUUCUUGGUGCAGCUGACAGAGCAGUUCUAAUUUUAAUAUGGUGCUCAUCAACCCCCUUUCUAAUGCCACCCUGGGCAACUACCCAUAUCAAAAAAGGCCGCUGAUCAAAAUGAAUUAAUUGAACUGUCAUGUCUAGUCAAUUUUAAGCAUUUUAAUCAACAUAAUUGUAGCGUUAGUUAAUAACAAUUUUAGCUCAACUUGGAAUAUUUGCGAAGCAGGGAACAUUAUUAUAAAUUUCCAUUUAUUGAAAUGUACUUAUUAUGAACAUUUUUAAUCAGUAUUUGGCUCAUUUCAGCCACUUCGUACUUCAGUAAUUAUGGCUUUUUUCCCCUCUAAACUGUACUUUAUUUCAGUAACUUUAAAUGAACAUUUCUAAAUUCAAACAAGGUUCUCAGGACAAACUCACAUCUUCAACAGUUUUCAUAAAUAGAUCCCCAGUGAACAGUAGUUAAGGAAUCAUGGUCAUCAUCUGUGACUCUUCUUUGCCAGCACUACACUAUGAAUUCUGUGUUGACUGACCUGAAUAACUGACACCAAGUCAUUCCCCUAUGUUAAUGUAGCAAAUAAAUGCAUUACUUAACCUAGUUUUGAAGCAGCGGUAAAGUGCACUCAUCAUAGAUACAGGUUUCAUAUUCCAAAUGGUUUCAAUUAUUUAACUCGUUCUUUUUCUGUGAUUGACAAAGUGCAACAAGCAACUCCAGUGAGCUUGUAAAUAAAGACAUUUAGAUUGUGAAUCUAAAUGUCUCCAUGUCCGGAAACCAACCAAUUUAAAUAGUUUGUGUUCAAAAAUGAAGCCAGAGCUGUGCUCCAAAAUGUGUUUGUUCUGUCUGCAACCUUACAAGGGCCAAUUUUUCUACUGUUAGUUUGAACUUGUGUGGAUUGAACAUGUAACCCUUUAAAUAGAAACAGUGACUGGUUACAAGCCUGAAGACAUCUGUAAUAUUAAUCAGAUGACACGCCUCAGUUUUACAUGUCCAUACGGUCAAAUAUCCCCAAUCUCUUCUAGGGGUGCAGUCGUUUAAUCCAGGCCUGUUUCAUUAGAUUAUUUUUUUAAGGAUUCUGUUGAACCACAAUUCAAAAGCAAUGUCUUAUUUUCAUUUGUUCAUUUUCAGUAAAUGUUAUUUAUUUUUACUUUUGUCAGUUUCAAGUUAUUUCAGUGACGAUUGUGGAAUUUUCUUUGAUUAACAGAGGGGUGCCAACAGUUUUGUCCAUGACUGUGUGCCAAGUUUAUAAAUCUUUAGCAAUAACCUUGUUGGCACCAUGUACUAUUUUAUGUCAGACAUGUUUUGUAUUUCAGUUCUUUUGGUUGAUACAAUAUUAAAACCCAGACACGUCUUUGUAA